UAGAAUGAAAAAAGAAAAAGGAAUAUUUCAGUACUAGGGUUUUUGUCCAAAGCUUUAGCCAACACUCUCUCUCACGUUGGCUUUUCCCCUCUCACGUUCGCCAUAAUUUUAGCUGAUUUUGCUAAAACCGUAACUUAAAGCAGCAAAUUUUGGCAAUGGCAACAUCUGCUUGGGACAUCACUGCAACAGAAUUCUUACAAGGUUUUGAUAGACAAAAGCUAGCAUUACCCAGACAUUCCAGUAAGCAGACGAAUCGUUUGCUUUGGGGUACACUUCCAAGACAAAGCCCUGUUAAGCAUUCACAUAAGAAUUUGAGUUUAAGGUCUCAUAUUCCGGCGAAGAUUAGAGCUGUGGUUUCGAGGGAUAUCAGCAGCGUCGUUAAUGAAGAUGUUCAGGUGGUUGCCGAGAAGGUGAUGCAUUUAUAUCGUGUUCCAUUUCUACAGGACAGUGCCACUGCUGAGCUUCUCAAGCUGGUUCAGACAAAGGUCUCUAAUCAGAUAAUUGGCUUGAAAACAGAACAGUGUUUCAACAUCGGGCUCAAUUCAGAUAUUUCAAGUGAGAAACUUUCUGUGCUUAAAUGGGUUUUAGGAGAAACUUAUGAACCUGAGAACUUGGGAAGUGAGAGUUUCCUCGAUGAGGAGAAGAGGAAAAUUCCAGAUGCAUAUAUCAUUGAAGUUGGUCCACGGUUAUCUUUCACUACGGCGUGGUCUGCUAAUGCAGUGUCCAUUUGCCAAGCAUGCGGAUUAACAGAGAUAAAUAGAAUGGAGCGUUCUAGGAGGUAUUUAUUAUAUGUCGACGGGUCACUUCUGGAUAGUCAAAUUAAUGAGUUUGCUUCAAUGGUUCAUGAUCGGAUGACAGAGUGUGUUUAUGUUGAGAAGCUUAAUUCUUUCAAGACAAGCAUAGUUCCAGAGGAGGUUCGAUAUAUACCCGUCAUAGAAAGGGGUCGAAAGGCAUUGGAGGAGAUUAAUGAGAAAAUGGGCUUGGCUUUUGAUGAGCAAGACUUACAGUACUACAUCAAACUUUUCAGGGAUGACAUGAAGCGAAACCCGACGAAUGUGGAAUUAUUUGAUAUUGCUCAAUCUAACAGCGAGCAUAGUAGGCACUGGUUCUUUACAGGGAAACUUGUGAUAGAUGGUCAACCUGCAGAUAAGACUCUUAUGCAGAUCGUCAAGAGCACUUUGCUUGCAAAUCCAAACAAUUCGGUUAUUGGUUUCAAAGAUAAUUCCAGCGCUAUCAAGGGGUUUCGAGUGAAGCAAUUGCGACCUAUCAAGCCUGGUUCGGCAUGCUUCUUGGUCAUGAUUACCAGUGACCUAGCUAUCUUGUUUACUGCAGAAACCCACAAUUUCCCUUGUGCUGUGGCACCUUAUCCUGGUGCCGAGACAGGUGCAGGCGGCCGUAUCCGGGAUACCCAUGCUACUGGAAGGGGUUCUUUUGUUGUUGCAUCUACAGCCGGAUAUUGUGUUGGAAAUCUUCAUAUUGAAGGUUCAUAUGCUCCUUGGGAAGAUCCUUCUUUCACAUACCCAGCAAAUUUGGCUUCACCGCUGCAGAUCCUUAUUGAUGCUAGUAAUGGAGCAUCGGACUAUGGGAACAAAUUCGGGGAGCCUUUGAUUCAGGGUUAUUGUCGAACGUUUGGAAUGAGACUGCCAAGUGGCGAGAGGAGGGAAUGGUUGAAGCCGAUCAUGUUUAGUGCUGGCAUUGGGCAAAUAGAUCACCUUCACUUAUCAAAGGGAGAACCCGAGAUUGGUAUGUUGGUAGUUAAGAUUGGAGGACCAGCAUAUCGUAUUGGAAUGGGAGGUGGCGCUGCAUCCAGCAUGGUCAGUGGACAGAAUGAUGCCGAGCUUGACUUCAACGCCGUGCAGCGUGGAGAUGCUGAGAUGGCACAGAAGUUGUAUCGGGUUGUUCGUGCUUGCAUUGAGAUGGGGGACAACAACCCGAUCAUAAGCAUUCAUGAUCAGGGUGCUGGUGGAAACUGUAAUGUCGUGAAGGAAAUAAUACAUCCACAGGGCGCCAAAAUUGAUAUAAGGGCAAUUGUAGUUGGCGAUCACACGAUGUCUGUUCUGGAAAUUUGGGGUGCAGAAUAUCAGGAGCAAGAUGCCAUACUAGUGAAGCCUGAAAGUCGUGAUCUUUUGCAAGCAAUCUGUGCGAGGGAAAGAGUUUCCAUGGCUGUUAUUGGAACAAUUAAUGGUGAAGGGCGUAUUGUCCUGGAGGAUAGCGUGGCAAUUGAAAAAACCAGGUCUAGUGGAUUGCCUCCUCCUCCACCUGCAGUGGAUCUUGAGCUUGAGAAGGUGCUUGGCGAUAUGCCUAAAAAGACAUUUGAAUUUCGUCGCAUGAACUAUCUGCGUGAACCACUUGAUAUUGCUCCUGCAACAACAGUCUUAGAUUCAUUGAAGAGGGUCCUGAGGCUCCCUUCUGUUUGUUCGAAAAGGUUCUUGACCACUAAAGUUGACAGGUGUGUCACAGGCCUUGUGGCACAGCAGCAAACUGUGGGUCCCCUGCAGAUUCCUCUUGCUGAUGUUGCUGUUAUAGCUCAAACUUAUACAGACUUAACUGGAGGUGCAUGCUCAAUCGGGGAGCAGCCAAUAAAAGGUCUUUUGGAUCCAAAAGCAAUGGCACGGCUGGCUGUCGGAGAAGCACUCACAAAUCUUGUUUGGGCGAAAGUUACCUCUCUUUCUGAUGUUAAAGCAACAAGUGGGAAUUGGAUGUAUGCUGCAAAGCUAGAUGGUGAAGGAGCUGCAAUGUAUGACGCUGCUGUUGCUCUUUCUGAAGCUAUGAUUGAACUUGGAAUUGCAAUUGAUGGGGGGAAAGACAGCCUUUCCAUGGCAGCCCACUCGUCUGGGGAAGUUGUUAAAGCCCCAGGGAAUCUAGUCAUCAGUACCUAUGUGACAUGUCCUGAUAUAACCAAGACAGUUACGCCAGACUUGAAGCUUGGAGAUGAUGGUGUACUGCUUCAUAUUGACUUGGCUAAAGGAAAACGACGACUUGGUGGAUCUGCUCUUGCCCAGGUUUUUGAUCAAAUUGGGGACGAAAGUCCUGAUCUGGAUGACGUAUCUUAUCUUAAGACUGUUUUUAAUGAGGUUCAGAAUCUAAUCUCUGAUGAGCUGAUAUCUGCUGGUCAUGAUAUCAGUGAUGGGGGACUUUUAGUGAAUGCUCUGGAAAUGGCAUUCGCAGGGAACUGUGGCAUUCACUUGGAUUUAACUUCUUUAGGGAGUAGUGUACCCCAAACACUUUUUGCAGAGGAGCUUGGCCUGCUCAUUGAAGUUAGCAGGAAGAACUUGGAUUUAGUUCUGGAAAAGCUCUGCAGUGGUGCUGUUUCAGCUAAUAUUAUUGGUCAAGUUACUUCAUCUCCAAUAGUUGAAUUGAGGGUUGACGGGGUUACUCAUUUGAAUGACAAAACUUCUGUGCUCAGGGAUAUGUGGGAAGAAACCAGCUUUCAAUUGGAAAAGCUCCAAAGACUGGCUUCGUGUGUAGAAUUAGAAAAAGAAGGAUUGAAGAAUCGGCAUGAACCAUCCUGGAAACUAUCCUUCACACCAACAUUUACUGAUGAUAAGUAUAUGACUGCCGUUUCAAAGCCAAAGGUCGCAAUUAUUCGCGAGGAAGGCAGCAAUGGUGAUAGAGAAAUGACUGCAGCUUUUUAUGCUGCUGGAUUUGAGCCAUGGGAUGUUGCAAUGUCAGACCUUCUCAAUGGAGUCAUCAUGCUUGAUGAAUUUAGAGGAAUUGUGUUUGUUGGAGGUUUUAGUUAUGCUGACGUGCUUGAUUCUGCAAAAGGCUGGGCAGCGUCCAUUCGCUUUAAUCAACCUCUUUUAAACCAAUUUCAGGCAUUUUAUAACCGUCCAGACACUUUCAGCCUCAGUUUGCAACGGGUGCCAACUUAUGNUGGAGUUUGCAAUGGGUGCCAACUUAUGGCUCUGUUGGGUUGGGUUCCGGGGCCCCAAGUGGGAGGUGUUUUCGGUGCCGGCGGGGACCCAUCACAGCCUAGGUUUGUACAUAAUGAGUCUGGAAGAUUUGAAUGCCGCUUCACGAGUGUGACAAUAGAAGAAUCACCGGCCAUAAUGUUCAAAGGUAUGGAAGGUAGUACACUGGGCGUUUGGGCUGCUCAUGGUGAAGGAAGAGCUUAUUUCCCUGAUGAUAGUGUUUUCAAUCAUAUUGUUGGCUCCAACUUGGCACCAGUGAAAUAUUGCGAUGAUGAUGGCAGACCAACAGAUAUAUAUCCUUUCAAUCUUAAUGGUUCUCCCUUGGGUGUGGCGGCAAUUUGUUCUCCAGAUGGGCGACAUCUUGCGAUAAUGCCUCAUCCAGAACGCUGUUUCUUGAUGUGGCAGUUCCCAUGGUAUCCUAAAAAUUGGGAUGUUGAAAAGAAAGGUCCAAGUCCCUGGUUGCGCAUGUUCCAAAAUGCCAGAGAAUGGUGCUCAUGAGACAAAUAUUAUUAGAGGGGCAAAGCUGAGAGGCAGGUGCUGUUCUUUAUCACAUAGAGGUUAAAGUGCAAAGAUUGGACAGAAGCGACACAGUUUAAUAGUCAGUGCUGAAGGUGCAGAGAUUAAGAUCAGUGCAGAGCUUGAGAUCUCUGCAAUUUUGUUUCUGAUACCAUGGCACAAAGCAGAUGAAUUUUUCAAUUUAACUGGCUGAUUGUCGUUUCUUUCGAUACUGAUGGACUUUUUCAUUGCCUCUUAGCUGUUUCGCUUGUUUCUUGUAUACCAUAAUUGGUUUUUCUUAUGUCUUACAUAUCUGAUCAACUGAUUUUUUUGAGCAUUUUUCGUAUCAAUUUUCCAACUCCUCUUCACUUUGUGCAUCAUCCCUCAUAGGGUGUGCUUGUGUUGGUUGUGGGGAACUGUCCUGUGUUAUAUUCCAUUUCAUUACAAUAUAUAGGGUGUGCUUGUGUUGGUUGUGGGGAACUGUCCUGUGUUAUAUUCCAUUUCAUUACAAUAUAUAGGGUGUGCUUGUGUUGGUUGUGGGGAACUGUCCUGUGUUAUAUUCCAUUUCAUUACAAUAUCUGAGUAUGGAUUUUGCUGUU